AUGCAAGCUGCAGCAGCAGCAGAACUGCGCACUCUGCAGACGUCGGUACAACAGGCGGGCUGGAGCGGCCAUGGUCGGGAGAUCGCCCCUGGAGAAGUUGCAUUGCCCAUUGUUUCGAGGAUCCUCCCACAGAAACGAAAUGUGUCGGUUGGGGGUCUCAGCGUCAGUGCUGUGGCCCUCGCAGCCGUCCCACAGAAACGAAAUGUGUCGGUUGGGGGUCUCAGCGUCAGUGCUGUGGCCCUCGCAGCCGUUGCUGCUGUUACAGCAGUGUACUUAGUGCUCCGGUGCGCUGUGUAUUUAGCGAACGCCAGCAAGAGCAGAGUGGCCCUGAGACUUUUGGCGGGUGAAGAGAAGAUUACGGAUAAAGGGGCGGGAGAGCCCUGCGGGGAUUCAGAGGAGAAUCGCCUUACUGCAACUGCUACUGAUCCUCCGGGCGAGGAAUUGGGAACUCCUGAUGAGCAGGAUUUGUUGAAGCGGGCUUUGCGUUAUAUCACAGAAUUAAAGCAGUUUAUACUGAGCAUCGAGCCUGUGAUGAUGCAGUUAAACGUCGGUCGUAGAGCCAAAUGCGUGGCAAUUUUUUCGGUUUUGUCGUUGGUGGAGUUCUCGGCUCUGUACUCUUUGUUGGAACGAGAGCAAAGGGCCGGCAUGAAUGCAGCCCUCAAUGCAAUAUACAAGCGACUAUGGUUCUUCCGUACCACCAUAGGGAAAGCGAAUGUUACCAAAUCUCGGCACCGACAUUUCAAAUGUGUUUUCGAAUUCCUCCAAAGAGUCAAAGGGAUCAAACCCACUGCGUCGGCCCUCCCGAAAAGCCAGCGUCUGUUGAAAAUUAAAGAUCUGUUGCAGCUGCAGGAAUCUGCCUUGGCGCUGCUCAAAUCCGGGCUCGUUUGGCUGAGGGAGUCUCUUGAAAGCUUUGAGGAGGCAAAUGAUGGCGUCCAAAGACCUGAUGCAGCUGUUGGUCCUGCUGCAGGUGCUGAAGGUACUGCUGCAGCAGCUGUUGGUCCUGCUGCAGCUGCUGCAAACACUAGAGUUGAUUGCGUUCUUCAGGCUAUUCAAAAAACCGCGUACGAACGCAGGGAACAAGUUUUUCUAGAUCCCCUCGUGGGCGCUUGGCUGCGGGAGGUGAACACACCGGACAAAACAUAUGGCAUUUUCAGACCAAAAUACCUCGAGCAGGUACUCCAAAAGUCUCCGAAAGGCCAGGAGGAACUCUUAGAAGACCUGCUCAAAACACCUCUGGGAUCAGGAGACAGUCACAGGGAGGGCACUCGAAUCAAGGAGGUCGAUGCAGAGCGCGGAGCAGCCUCCUCAUCUGAAUCAGAGGCACCCUCCAAAAGGGACGAAGCGUCUCCCCCUGAGAGCCCACGCCGUGCCUUUCCGGCCCUAGAGCCGCUGGAUUUUCACCACCAAGGCUCACGGGAAGGGCACAGUUCUACGGGAAGUGCUCCUGUUCCCAGGUCCCCUAGAACGUCUACUGCUGCUGCUAAUGCACCUUCAGCAGCUGCUGAUGUUCCUCCAGCACCUUCUGCCAAGGGAAGAAGCUCCCAUGUACAAGCUCCCACCCACCGCAAGACAGGGCUUCCUCAUAGUGCGCCAACUGUACUCCCAAAGCUUUCACCGUCUGCUGGUGCAGGGCGUCCCCGAUUUUCUGCAACGUUCGCUGCUCCCAAACCUGCUACUCUCCCAUUAGUUCGCGCUCGCGAGCCGCGCUUUGCUUGGGCUUCCAAGGUCUCGGAUGUGAUGUCUACGGCAGAAUCUUCAGACCCUCUCCCGUCCCCCAAACCCUUACCGGGGCUUUCUCCCGGUUCCUUCAGAGCAGCUAUUUCUGCUGCUGCUGCUUACACCCCUGAAAACUCAACUUGGCGGCCCCCAGCUGCUGCUACUCAGGCGCCUGACUUCUCCGUUCCUAAUUCUGCAUCGUGGGCGUCACCAGUCUCCCUUGGCAUAUGGCAUCCCUUGGCGGCCUCACAGUGGUCUCCAGGAGCAACUGCCCCCCGGCAAGGUGGCUUUGACCGCAGCCCACGCCCGUCCUGGCCCCUUCGUAGCCCACCGGCGCAUACAAUUUCUAGUCGUUAUCCCUCCUCUGCCGGAGCUGGUGGAGCCUCGCCAUUGCAGAGAAGAGUGCCUGAUGAAGGCUUUCCUCCAGGCACAGGGAGAUUCGCCUCGGCGCCUUCGGCGUCGCGGUGGCAUCUUCCCCCCUCGCAGCCUUUGUCUCCCUCUCCCUGGUUACCGGCGGAAUAUCGUUCGGCUUCAGGAACUGCCGGACAAGAAGAUUCUCCGGAGGUUGACACUUGGCCGUUUACUUCCCGAGUAUGGGGACCGCUUGGAACAGCUCCCCCAGUGACCGGUAUGGGGUACUUUCCCACUGAAGUACCAGAUGAACCAAGUCACCCAGAAGCUUCUUCAGGACAUGCGCAACUUGCAAAACGCCUGGAGGCGGCAGCCGACCAACACCUAGGCGAGGCAACGCCCCCUUGGCAUCCACCAGACAGCAGCGACUCCCCAAAGUGA